AUGACGUCAUCAUCCUCCUCCUCGGCGGCGCUGCUGCUGGACUCCAUCCACACCUCCCUCGCCGACCUCUCCACCCCUCACUACACUAACUCCCCCUUCGACCUCCCCCGCCGCUUCUCCGCCUUCGCCCACCGCCUCCAUCUCGCCCUCACCCACCUCGCCCGCUCCACCUCAUCCCUCGACUCCUUCCCGCCUUCCGUCCUCACCGCCCUCAAAGGAAUCGCCGCCGAGCUCCCAGCCGCCCUCAAAACGAUGUCGUUUUACUCUAAAGGCAAAAUCUUCGUCCUCAUCCACUGCCUCUCCCUCUGUAAAUCCCUCAACGAAACAACCGCGGCCGUCUCCGGCUGGCUCGCCCUCCUCGACUCCGCCGUCGAUGACCUCCCCGAUCUCCGCAAGAAAAUCGCCGAUCUUUCUAGAGACAUGAAGCAAGUUCAAUUUGAAGUCACAGCGAACGAAGAGAGAGUGCACCACACGCUCCGGAGAGAAGGAGAAACGACGCGGACGAAGACCAGCAAAGCCGUCGAGAGCGCGAUCAUCAUGGAUUUAUCCCGAGCUCUCGGAAUCGAACCGGAGAAUCACGCCGAGCUUUCCAAGCAAAUCAAGCAGCUCAGAAACGACAUCGCCGGAACGAAUACGGCGUCGGAGCGCCGGAUUUUGGUGUCGUUGGAGAGGAUUGUGGAGAAUUGGGCCGCGCAGCCCAAUCUCACCACGGGCCUGGAGUUCGAAGACGACGCGCAAAUCUCUCCGUUCAAGAAUUUUCUCUGUCCGUUGACUAAAGAGGUGAUGAGAGACCCGGUGGUGCUCCAGUCGUCGCAGACGUACGAACGGUCCGCCGUGAAGUACUGGUUUGAGCGGUGUUUGGACGACGGCAGGGAACCGACUUGUCCGGUCACCGGUCAGGUGCUCCAGUCACUGGAGAUGAAACCGAACAUUGGACUAGCCGGAGCUAUUGAGGAGUGGGUGAAUAGGAAUGUGGAUAUUCUGGUCAAAAUUGGGGCUCAAAAGCUGAGUGAAGAGCCUCCCUUGGUGGAUGGUAUAGAGGUAGUGUUGGACAAUGUUUAUAACAUCUCAGAAGAGUAUCCCAGUUGUAGAUUUAGAGUUAGGAAUGCCGGCAUUGUUGUGCUUAUUGUUAAAUUGCUGAGGAAUAGUGCGAAGAGUAUUGGGACUCAUUUGAGAAGCAAAGCUCUUAUGGCUUUGGUUAGCAUGGCCAAAGAUGAAGAAAGCAAGGAGAUCAUGCUUCAAGAAGGUAUCACUAGAUUGGCCAUACAUAGUCUUAUCGGGAGCUCAGAGAAGGAGAGAGAGUGUGCUGUGAAAUUAUUACUUGAGUUCUCGAGUGAUGAAGCUUGUUGCAUUAAAAUUGCAGCAGAGAAAGGAGCUUUGGUUCUUCUCUCAAGCAUGGCAGGGAACCUGGAGCAUCCUGGUUUAUCCAAUCUAGCUGAGGAGGUAUUAAAGCAGAUGGAGAAGGUGGAGGGUAAUGUACAGCAUUUGGCCGCAGCAGGGAGAUUCAAUCCCUUGCUUACUCGACUUUGUGAAGGUUCUGAAAAUGUCAAAAUUGAGAUGGCAUCUAUGGUGGGAACUCUGACGUUGACAAAUAGCAGCAAGGAACAAAUAGCUAGGCAAAGUGCUAAAAUACUAGUCGAGAUGCUUUCUAAUCCAGAAGGAAGGGCAGCGAGCUUGAAAGCCUUGUAUAACUUGUCAAGUCUAGAUGACAAUGCAACCAUCCUUGUUGAUUCUGCUGUACUUCCUGCUUUGACAGGUAUCCUUUUCAUCAACCAGGAUACUUCGUCGGAACUGAAAGAGUUGGCUGCAUCAACCAUGGCAAAUAUAGUAUCAAAUCCAGGACACUGGGAAUUGGCUUCAGCUGACAAAGAAGGGAACUCUAUGCAGUCAGAAUCAUUUAUAUAUAAUCUAUUGGGGGUUUUAUCUCUUGCAUCCCUUCCCUGUCAGAUAUCCAUUCUCCAGAUCCUAUAUGGAAUUGCCUCGUCUCCACAGGCAUCAGAUUCGGUCGCUUGUCAUAUAAAAUCUGGGGAAGGGAUUAAAAUCAUUUUACCAUUUCUUGAGCACCCUGAAGUGGAAAACAGAAUUCAAGCUUUUAGGCUUACAAGAUUACUCUCAGAGAGGUAUGGUCAGGAUAUUGCUGAUGAGCUAAGGCCUUGUCACAAGCUUUCCUUGUUCAAAGACAAACUAUUAGACGAACAAUCGGCAGAUAGUGAGAGAGCUGAUGCUGCAUGCAUACUUGCAAACCUUUCCCUCUCAGAAGAUGAAGUGAAGACACUCCUAGAAGUUAAUUUUGUUAGAUGGAUAGCUUCUACUCUCAUCAACCAGUGCCAAACUUCGAAUGGGAGGAUUUCUCGACCUGCAUCAAGCAUGUUGGAAGGUCUUCUGGGCCUUUUACUUGAGAUUACAAAGAACCUGAAUCCUCAAACUCUAAGUACACUAAAGGAGCACAGCCUUAUUACUAUUUUCCAUCGUCACCUUAAUUAUCCUUCAAACCCAAGAGUAAAACAACUAGCCACCCUUGGCUUGAAAAACUUGUCUGGAUAUGCAAGAUCAGUAGCUGCUAUGGAGUCAGAACCACAACCUCACCAUGGAUUAUGUUCUCAUUUGACGUUCAUGUGCGGGAGGUCUUCUAUACAAACUUCCAAGUGUCCGAUACACAACAUUCCAUGCGAAGAAGAUAGUCAAUUGUGUUUGCUAAAGAACAACUGCAUCAAGCCCCUUGUUGAUCUACUCAACGACAACGACACUAGUGUUCAGAUUGCUGCAGUGGAGGCACUAUCAACUCUAGUAAUAGACACUUUCAGUUCAAGCAACUUCAAAAGAGCAGUCGACGAACUUGAGCAAUUGGGUGUCAUUGAAGCCGUGAUUACUCUAUUCACAGAAGUUCGACCUGGGGAGCUGCAAGAGAAAACGGUUUGGAUCAUUGAGAGGAUACUGAGAGUCGAAAACCAUAGACAUUCCCUCAACCAGGCUCUGGUGUGGGCAUUGGUGGAAGCCUUCAAGCAUGGCGAUGCCAACACAAAGCGAAAUGCGCAAGAUGCUCUUACUAGUCUGAAGCAGUUAUCCGGGGUUAGCGGAAAUCGAAGAUCUCUAUAGUCAUUUCUGGAGUCACAUUCAAACUGUAUAGAUGUGCUAUUCUCACUCUCAAUUUGUACAGUGAACUGUAAGAAA